AUGGAAACCCAAACUCAACCACACAGCACAGCGCAGCCCACCCCCGUCAGGCACAGCUUGGCGCGGGCGGUGGCGCGGGCGGUUAAGCGGAGGGCUGCAGCUCCACAGGGAACAGGAGCACAAGAUGAGGAAGAAGUGCGUCUUUUUGCUUUGAUAUUAAAAAAGAAUGCACUAGAAGAAUCAAAAUGCGAAGAAAAUUUAAAAAAUUAUUUGGAAACAUUAAAAAAUGCAACAUUAGAACCAAAAAAUGUUCACAAAAAGCUUAAUAACUUAAACGAAAACGAAAAAAUCAAAGCAAAAUGUAAAGAAAUAAAAACAAAGAUUCAAGAUAAGUGUACUGAAUUCGAAAGAAAGAUCGGAGAUGAAGUUAAAAAACAAAGCGCAAAAUUGACAAAUGAUGAUUGCAAAACAAAUGAACAACAAUGUCUAUUUUUGGAGGGAGCAUGCCUUAAUGAUCUUACUGAAAAUUGUAACAAAUUAAGAAAUUUGUGCUAUCAGAAGGAACGUGAGAAAGUAGCAGAAAAAGCUCUUUUAAAAGGACUUAGUGGUGCUCUUAAAAAUGAAGGCACAUGUAAAAAAAAAAUAGAAAACGUAUGUAUUUUUUUGAAACAAGAAAGUGACGAAUUGAUGAUAUUAUGUCUUAAUCAAGAAACUACAUGUAACACUCUUGUAGAAAAGGCAAAGUCUAAAUGUAGUUCUCUUAAGCAAAAAAUUGAAAACCUAUUAACUAAAGACAAUGAAUUAGAAAAAAAAUGCUCACAGUUGCUUAGUGAAUGUUACUUUUACGGUCAAAAUUGUGAAAAUGAUCCACCAAAAUGUGAUAAUUUAGAAAAGAAAUGUAAAAAAAAAAGCAUAAUCUAUACAGCAAUGGACUCAAAUUUUGACCCUACAAAACCAGAAACUACACUAACAGAAAAAAUAGGCCUAGAAGAUCUCUAUACUGACGCAUUAAAAAAGGGGGUUUAUAUUGGAAGACUCCCUCCAAAGAGGGAGGUUGCUUUACUGGCAUUAUUGACCUUAGAUUUGAGUGAUUCAAAUAAAGUUAGUGAUAGAAAACGAAAAUGUGAACAGCUUCUUGAAGAAAUAUGCAAAGAUCCGCAAAAGCAUAAGGUUUUGCAAGAAUUAUGCAAAAAUAAAGCAAUAACUGAAGAAGGGAAAAAAAAAUGCAAAGAACUAGAUAAAGAACUUGCGGAACAUGCUCAAGACGUUUCUAAAAAGAUAAUCAAAUAUCUUAUCACAAGCAGCCCAAACAAACUUACUAGUUGGCACGAAUUAUAUACAUUUAUUAGUAAAAAGGAAUGUGUAAGAUUGCAGUCUGACUGUUUUUAUUUAAAAGGCCAAGAUUCACUUGAAAAACUCUGUGAUAACCUAAAAGCAGCCUGUUAUAAAAAAGGGCUUGAAGCAGUAGCAAAUGAAGCAUUACAAGAUAAGUUACGGGGAAAGUUGCAUGGAUCAAAUGGAACAUGGUUUGAAAACCUUCAAAAAAGCUUGGUAGAAGUAUGUAAGGAGCUAAAAGGAAAAAGCGAUGAACUAUUUGUGUUGUGUGUGCAGCCAAAAAAAGCUGCUCUUGUACUUUCAACAGAUUUGCGAUUUAGAGCUAUUUUUCUACGAGAACAAUUGAAUGAAAAGCGAGAUUAUCCGACGGGGAAAGACUGCAUAGAGCUUAAAGAAGAGUGUAGUGUUUUAAUUCAGGAUUCAGAGGAGAUUAAAUGGCCAUGCAAUACACUAAAUGAACAUUGUAUUCGAUUAGAGGGUAUAAAGCAAUUAGAAAAAGAAUUGUUAGAAGAAAAUAAAGGGUAUUUAAAAGAUGAAAAGAAAUGUAAAGAAGAGGCUGGAAAACGCUGCGAAAAAUGGCUUAGGAGAGGAAAUAACAAGUUUUCUUUUGUAUGUUCUGUUUUAGAGCUUGCUUGCAUGAAGAUCACUGCAAAUGUUAAAUCUAAGUGCAAUGCAUUAAAAGAACAUAUGAAAGCCCGUAAUGUUAUAACUGAAGCAGCCAAUAAAGCUACAAUGGAAAAGACAUGUAGGUUUUGGACACCAUAUUGUCAAAAGUUUAUUUCCAACUGCGAUGAUCUUAAAGAAGAUGGAGGAAAUGACGGUGAUUGUAAGAAACUCAAUAAAAACUGUGAGUUAUUCUUUGAAAAGAAAAAGAUAGAAGAUAAAGCAAUUGAUGAACUAAAGGGUAGUCUAUUAAACAAUACGGGUUGCGAAGAAACUCUUAAGAAAUAUUGUACACAAUUAAAUAAUGCAACCAAUGGACUUGAAACUUUAUGCAAAGAAAAUGGUAAGGACGAAGCUGAUGUUAGAAAAGAACAAUGCAAAAAACUGGUUAAACAAGUGCAAGAAAAAUGUUUAGGAUUAAAGAAUGAGCUUACAGAGAUAAAGAAUGACUUAGAAAUCAAAGAAGAAAAGUAUAAAAAGAUUAAAGAGGAAGCAGAGAAAGCCAUGGAAAAUGCAAACCUUAUUUUAUCGAGAGCGAAAGGACCUGAUAAUAAUAAUAAGUCAGUAAAUAAAGACUCAUCUAAUGCACCUAAGGAAGGGAAAGGCACAACAGGAUUUAAACUUGUAAGAAGAAAUGAAAAAGUGCAUGUAACAGAAAAAGAAUUAACAGCAUUUGAUUUGGUAGCAAGGACAUUUGAUCUCUAUCUAGAAUUGAAAGAAAUAUGUAAUCAUUCACUGAAGAAUUGUGGUUUCAAAAAAGAGUGUGACUGUGAGGAUCCAUGUAAAAAGAUACAGGGAAUAUGUUCAACAUUAGAGCCACUAAAAGUGAAACCACACGAAAUAGUAACUAAAAACAUAACAACCACAACCACAACGACGACGACAACAACCGUUAAAGACGUAAAGGCAACAGACUGCCAAUCUCUACAGACAACAGACACGUGGGUCACAAAAACAUCAACACAUACUAGCACGUCCACAACCACAUCCACAGUCACGUCAAGAAUAACACUCACUUCGACAAGGCGGUGUAAGCCUACGAAGUGUACGACAGGAGAGGAGGAUGAUGCAGGAGAGGUGAAGCCGAGUGAAGGGUUGAGGAUGAGUGGGUGGAGUGUGAUGAGGGGGGUGCUAGUGGCUAUGAUGAUUUCAUUCAUGAUUUAG